AGGGCAUUUUUAUGAAAAUUUUCUAAUUUUGAUAUAGUUUGCACCAUUCUUUUGUGUUGUGUCAACAUCGCCAUGAAGCUUUAAUUUUUGAUAAAUAUAUUAUCAUAAUCAAACUAAACUGUUUACAAGUUGCAUUGCAAUUUCCGGAAAGAUUCUUGUUGAAUGCUGCCUGGAUCCGAUUGAAGUGAAGAUGGAUGCUUUCAUCAAGGCUAAAGAUGAUGAAAUUGUCAAGUUAUUGGCUGACAAUCGUGAAUUAUCAGAAGAACUUCGCCAAUGUCAAGCUGAUAAAGAAUUUGUUUGGUCGUUAUGGAAACGCCUUCAAGUAUCAUCUCCAGACUUGACUCAGGCAAUAAGUUUGGUUAUGCAACGUGAAAAAGAGAAAUGUGAAACAAAAGACAGAAAAGUUCUUGAAAUCCUUCAGUCGAAAGACGAACAGAUCGAAAAUUUACAAGAUACUGUGACAUCUUUGAAGAAAGAAGUUGAUAAAUUAGUUCAAAUGAAAUCGUCUUUAGAAGAGACAAGAUCAUUAUUAACAACAGAAAAUGAAGAACUGAAACGAAACAAUGAUGUAUUGAAUGAAAGGAUGGCAAGGAUAGAGGCAGUAGGAAAGGAUCAUUCUGUUGGGUUAAAAAAAUCUGUUGAAGAUUUGAAGGAACAAAGAGAUUCCUUGAAUGAUAAGGUGACCAAACUUUUGAUUGAUCUGCAAACAGCUAGAAUGGAGUCGCAGACAAAUGAGGCUGAAAAUGAGAAGUUGAAAAGGAAAUGCAAAAGUUUAGAAGAAGAUAAUGGAGAACGUAUGACUAAAUGUCAAAAAUUACAAGCUGAGAGAGAAUCAUUAUCUGAAGAAGUAUUGAAAUUAAAGACUGAUUUAUCACAUUAUCGAGACGGUGAAGAUUCAGCGAGAAGAGAACUUGAUUCUAAAUCUCAAAGUCACUUUGAAAUAAAACAAUCUUAUGAGCAAUUGAAAAGUCGCACAGAAGAACAAAAGAGUAUUAUUUUACAACUCCAAUCACUCAACAAUGACGCGCAAAGUGUUUUAAAAGAUCAAGAGAAAGCAUAUAAAGAAGAAUUAAGCAAAAGUCAUAAAAUUUAUUCAGAACUAGCAAGAAAAUACGAAUCACUGCAAAAAUCAUACCAUAAUCUUGAAAGAGUUCAUGAAGAUUUGAAAGAAAACGCAGAAACGCUAGGCAUAACAUCGCGUAAAACAGGGAAAGACAACUGGAAAAGAGCACUGGCAAUGGCAUCUGGUCAUAGAAGAAGAAGAACUACUAAUGUUGAUGAAGUCGAUGAUUUAGAAGUUCAUGUUGCUUCACAACAAGACGAGAUCGAUGUAUUACGGAGAAGAUUGAAAGAAAAAACUGUUCAAUUGGCAGAAAUGAAAAAUUCAGACUAUUUUCCUGUGAGAGAUAAUGGAAAAUUUUUGUCAGAACAUACAUUCUCACCAAUCAUUGAAAGAAGAGGAAGAGAUAAGGAGUUGCCGGGUCAAAGGUCUGCUCGUUCUUUAUCACCGAAUGGUCGUCAAAUGUCUUUUGUAAAUCGACGUUUGCAAGCAACAGAAGAAAAACUAGAUUCAACAAAACGAUUACUGGAUUUGAAAAAAGAUGAAUUAAAACAAUUACAGAAAGCCCAUGACAAGCGUUUGGGAAGAUUAAAAGAAGUUCAAGCCCAUUACAGGGAGCUGAAAGAAACUCUUUCUGAAAAAGAUGUCCUUUCUCCAAGAAAGAGCAAAUCUAAAAAGAAAACGAAACGUCCUAAUAUUAUGGACAUGAGACAGGAAGAUUGUGAUGCUGUUUGGAAUGAACUUGCUUACUAUAAAAGAGAAAACAGGAAUCUAAUACACGAAAAACUUUCAUUAGAAGAAGACUUGGAUAAUUUGAGAGUGCAAGCAGCAAUGGAUAAAGCAACAGUUCAAGAAUUGAAUAUGUGUUUAAAACAAGAAAAAGAUGACCUCAUGACAAAACUGAGAAAUAAUAUGAAUGGAAAUAGAUUAAGUAGCACACCUAAGAAAAGAGAAACAUCUCCUGAUAAAGCAGGUUCCCCUGUUUCAUUCUUAAACACAACUCUUCGUCAUAUCGUAAAAAAUCUUGAAAGAAAAUUAGAAAAUGCAACAGAAGAUACAAGACUAUUGAAAAAAGAAAAAAGCCAGCUUCUCAAGGACAUAAGGGUGAUUAAAGAAGAAAAUAAAUCACUGAAGCGUGACGUCACAGACAGUCGACAAUCGAGUGCAAAUCUACGCAGAGAUAUUGUUGAACUUCGGCAUAAAGUUGAAUUAGCAGAAGACAAAAAACUUGAAGCAGAAUUUGAAGCAAAGAAUAAACUAAAGGAAGCUGCAAAUGAAAGAGCAAGUAAUAUAGAAAGCAGAGAAGAAAUAAAUGCACUCAGGGCCGAGAAUAAUGAUCUGCGGGCAGAAUUGACUGAUCUGAAAGCUGAAUUGAGAGAAAUAACGAAUUCUCUCGAAGCUGCUGAAGUGGAAGCAACUUCAAGAACACAGACUAGUGCUCGUAACACAAUACCUUCACUUUCAGCAAGAACAUCAUCUACCAAAUUGAGCACAGAUUCUGCUAGAAAGCAUCAGAAAUUUUUGAAUAAUUCAAUCAGAAACAUGAGAGAAGCAUUCGGCAAAGAAUCAACUGUUGACUCUGAAAAUGAUUCUGAUUCAGCUAGUCUCGGUGAAAGAAUUGUGAGAGCUGCACGAUCUGUACCUGGAUUAACAGAUUCACAAGCAUCUGACGAUGAUGAUGAUGAUACGUUAACUAAAGAUGAUGUUCCUGAUUUAAGACCAGUCUCUUCUAAGCUUCCAAAACGAACCAAGUCAUCUUCUAAAUAUGGAGGGAAUGAUCUCACUUCACUCAGACAAAGAUUAUCCUCAAUGCAGAGACAAUGUUCUACUUUGAUUACAGAAAGACAGAAUGCUUUAAAAGAGGUCAGUGAUGAGAAAGACAAGAAUACACUUCUGGAAUCUGAGAUUCAAGGUGUUCAAAAUAGACUGAAAUCUGCAAAAGCAUCAAUCCAAAAGUUACAUAGAGAAGUAGAAGUAAUAUCAAGAGAAAAAGAAGAACUUCAACGUAACUUGGAAUCUGUUAAAAAUUCUAUGCCUGAACCUCAGAAACAUUCAGAUACUGACUAUAGACUGUUGGAAAAUAAACUGAGGAUGGCUAAUGCUGAUGCUCAUCACUAUAUGGAUCAAAUGAAAAAAUUGCAAAAGGAAAAUGAAGAAAAAAUAGAAACAGUUACUGGUAUGAAAGAAAAACUUACCAGGCUUGAACGUGACAUUACAAUGAAACGACAACUUAUAGAAGAACAAAGAGCAAAAAUAAAAGCAGCAGAACAGAGUAACCAGACUGAGCAAGAGACUAUGUCUGAACUAGAAGCACAAAUAAGACAAUUAUCAGAAGAACUUUCCCAUAAGAAGAAUUACAUUGAUUCAUUGAAAAAACAAGUCCAAGCUGUCGGAAGAGACAAAGCAAGAUAUGAACAAUCUUAUAAUGAAACUAAAUCAGAGUUAGAAAAAAGGCGUGAGCAAGUAUCGGUUGAACAAGCUCGAAAGCUUGAGGCUGAAAAUCUUGCGAGUCAAUUAGAAAAUACUGUUGAACAACAACUAAAUACUCUUGCUUCAAAAAGUGAACAAGCGUUAGAAAAGAUGCAAACGCAGCUUUCAAUCAGCCAGGAAAAGAAUAGAGAAUAUUCAACUUGUAUACAGAUCUUAUCAAGUCAAUUAUUGGAUCAUCUGAGUCAUAUAAGAAACACAAUAUAUAACCAGAAACAGACUGCAAGACAGGAAGCACAAAUUAUGAGGGAAUCUGAUCCUUCUAUGUCUCGUGCACAGUCAAUUGCAUGUUCCAUAUUAAAUAUGUCAAAAGCAGAUUUCGAAGAAUUGAUGACACCAGUCGAUUCUAAGAAAAGAGACGAAGAAGAACAAAACAAAUCUGAUGAAAAGAGAUUAGAUAGAGAUUGGAAAAUGAAAGUAGAGGAAAUAGCUGCUGAAACGCCACCAUUUGCGAAGUCGCUCAAUCGUUUGCUGUGGGAUAAAAUACAAGAUGCUAUUCAUAUGGUGGAAGAAAAAUGUCGUUUGCAGUAUGAAAUUGCUGCGGAAAAGACUUGAUGUUUUACCAUUUAAACCUUAAUUUUUUUUAUUUUCAUAUAUCCAAAGAUAUUGUUUAUUAUUAUUAUUACCUUUUGUUCAGGUAGGGGUUUAGAAUUAAAUUAUAUUUAAUAAUACUGGUUAGAUUUUGAUAUUUUAAUUCAUAGGUGUGGCCUUAGUAAAGUAGUUUUUCAUAAUAAUAUACAUCUGCCUCGUAUGUUUUAUUACCAUCAUAAUAGAAGUUGAAAUUAGCGUUUUAGAUUUCAUCAAAUCCUUUUCAACAUUUAGUUCAAUCCUGUAUAUUAUAAAUUAAUGAAAAUUAUUUUUUUUUGUUCAGUAAUUUGCACGCGAUCUAUUCGGUUUCUAUGGCAAAAUUAUAUUUUUGGUGGUGUGAUCUUUUGUUAAAUGUUGCAAAAGUAGAACUCUGCAUAGACUAAGAAAGGGUCAUAUACAGGGUAUUUCAUGUCAAAUUCAGGUAUUAAAAUCAUUGCGCAAUGGAGUAUGCUUGAUUCCUAUAUAACUCUGAAUUGUAUACAUCAAUUCGAUGUUUCUGCUCUUCUCUUCGUAUUAUCCCGACAACUUACUUGUAUUAUUACUUUCAUCUUCGAUUUUCUGAGACAAAAAUCACCUAUCGGACUGUGGUGCGUUUGAAACUUUACAAUCUAUUUUGCUGCACUAAAGAUUGCUGCUCUCUGUUGAACUGUUGUGAUAUUUUCCGAAUUAUAGAAAUACAUGUAUUUUCAUGACGAA